AGUUGAGCCUGGAUUAGCCGGGGAGGGCAGGGAGACUCCUAGAGCUGCAGGGUGGCCAGAGAAGGGGGUGCGGAUAGGCGAAUGCACCAUGCCGCUGCAGGACGACACCCUCCGAGAGGUGUGGGCCUCGGACAGCGGACAUGAAGAGGAAGGCCAGAGCCCCGAGGUCCAGCAGCGCCCCAAGCAGCGACCCGCCAAGGGGCACAAGUUGAAGAAGAAGACGGAGGCUCCCGAGUCCCCGGGCCCUAAGGGAUCCAAGCCCCGGAGACCUGGCGCCGGGCGGAGGGGGAAGCCGCGGGAGGAGCCGGCUUCGAAGCCGCCGGAGGCCCGGCCGCCGCACACGGUCUACGCCAAGUUCCUCAGGGACCCUGAGGCCAAGCGCGACCCGCGGGAAACCUUCCUGGUAGCGCGAGCCCCGGACGCAGUGGACGAGGAUGAAGAGGAAUCCAAGGAGGACCACGAAGAGGAAGAAGAGGCAGAGGCAAACAAAGAGAAAAUCCCUCUGCCACCCAAGAAGGUUCCUAAAGAGAAGACUUCUGCCGGGGUCAAGGAGAGGAAGGCUAAGGCCCAGGUUCAGAAGGGGGACUCGGGAAGCCCUGUCGCCCCAGCCAAACCUCUGCGCAUUAAGAAGAAGGAGGCGCCAGCAGGGGAGGGGCCCAAGAUGAGAAAGACGAAGAAGGAAGGGUCUGGGGAGGCUGACAAGGACCCCUCAGGGAGCCCGGCCAGGGUGAGAAAGAAGACUCCAGCGGCCAUGUUUCUGGUUGGGGAAGAAGCGCCAGCUGAGAAAACUCCGAAGAAGAAAGGCACUUCCAAAGGCCCAGAAGAGCAGAGGAAGGAGGACCAGGAGGAGGAGGAAGUGGCAGCCGUGGGGACGAAGAACAGCAACCAGAAGGGCAAAGCGAAAGGAAAAGGCAAAAAGAAAGCGAAGGAGGAGAGAGCCCCAUCCCCACCCAUAGAAGUGGAUGAACCCCAGGAGUUUGUGCUCCGGCCUGCCCCUCAGCACCGGACAGUGCGCUGCAGGCUGACCCGGGACAAGAAAGGCAUGGAUCGGGGCUUGUAUCCCUCCUACUUCCUGCACCUGGACACAGAGAAGAAGGUGUUCCUCCUGGCCGGCAGGAAGCGGAAACGUAGCAAGACGGCCAAUUACCUCAUCUCCAGCGACCCCACCAAUCUGUCCCGAGGAGGGGAGAAUUUCAUUGGGAAGCUGAGGUCCAAUCUCCUGGGCAACCGCUUUACCGUCUUUGACAACGGGCAGAACCCGCACCGUGGAGGAGGCAGCACUAACGUGGGGAGCCUUCGGCAGGAACUGGCAGCUGUGAUCUAUGAAACCAACGUGCUGGGCUUCCGGGGUCCCCGGCGCAUGACGGUCAUCAUUCCUGGCAUGAAUAUGGACAACGAGAGGGUCCCCAUCCGGCCGCGAAAUGCCAGCGAUGGGUUGCUGGUGCGCUGGCAGAACAAAACACUGGAGAGCCUCAUCGAGCUGCACAACAAGCCACCUGUUUGGAACGAAGACAGCGGCUCCUACACCCUCAACUUCCAAGGUCGAGUCACACAAGCUUCAGUCAAGAACUUCCAAAUAGUCCACGCCGAUGACCCCGACUACAUCGUACUGCAGUUCGGGCGCGUGGCCGAGGACGCCUUCACCCUAGAUUACCGGUACCCGCUGUGCGCCCUGCAGGCCUUCGCCAUCGCCCUCUCCAGUUUCGACGGGAAGCUGGCCUGCGAGUGACCCCAGCAGCCCCCGGCGCCCGCCAAGGGUGGGGGAAAGGAUUCAGUGGAGGCUUGCAGGGUCCAUUCGCCAAAGCCCCCACUGAAGACUCCUCUCUUGUCCGGGGCUGACCCCUCACUGUCUCCGAGUGACCUCCAUCCACUCCCCAGCCCCGCACAGGCCGAGGCAGGGGAGGAGCUCAGACUGCGGUCCCACAGAGAUGAAGAACAUCUGGAGUCGGCAGCCGCACAUCUGGUCGCGGAGCUAGCCUGAGCCGCUUCACCAACCGCCCCCCUUCCCCGCCCCGCGCCCCAGUCACUUCCUGUCCAGGAGCAGUAGUCAGUGUUGUUUUAACCCCCUCCGGGAUCGAGGAGUGGGGCGGGCUCGGAAGAGGGGGUAGGUGAUGCGGGAGGAAGACCCCAAUAAAGCCGCGUCCCAGACCCGGCAAGCAGUGGUUCUUCAGCGCGUGCCGAGAACGAGGCGGCGGGAGGGGUCCGGAGCGCGGGAGAGGUCCGGAGGGCGGGCUGGAGGCCUGCCUCCCCAACCCCCAACCCCGCUCCCGCCCAGGCCCGGGGCGCUCCCGCCGUCCCCUCCCCCGCGCCCAGCGCGGGUCCUACCGAAACUCGGCGGGCUCGUGGUGUCGAGACGCCCCCCGCGGGGGCCCCGGGCCGAGAGGGAGGGCCCCGGAGGUCCGGGAAGAGGGGAAAGGGAGAAAUUCGAGAAACAAGCCUCUCGGGGAGAA